AUGCAAGCAUUUUCUGCAAAUCAAACAAUUACAGGAGAUGUUUUAAAAGCAAAAGCAUGUAUUUUUGCACAAUUGCUUAAUAUAGAAAAAUUUUCUGCAUCAGAUGAUGAUGAAAAAGCAAAACUUCAAAAUAUUAUUAGUGAAUAUGAACUUGAAAAU